GUGUAUUGGACUAGUUUUAAGCCCUGGGCCGAUUGUGAAGGGAAAAGAAUGAGCCAGAUGCAACGACGUCGUUAUCGGAUCUCAAGUAUAUGAAAUGAAAUGAGACUUUGCUAAUUUCUGGUUGCUCGACUCCCUACCUCGUCUCCACGACGAAACCCUAAUCAUCACUUAACACAAACAUUUCACCACCGCUACCGCCACCGCCACCGCCGGAGCCGCGGCCAUGACGAUCCGCCAGCUAAUAAACAUCGGUCUCCGUAACCGGAGACCAAUCCGCCCAUUCACUGCUGCCCGACCUCACUCCACCGCUGUCGCCACCUCCGCCGACGCAACCCUCCCGUCUCCUCCGCCACCAACCGCCAUGAUCUACGAUCGAUUGGCGGAAAGUGUGAAGGAGAAGCUGAAAAGGCUGGAGGACCCCGAUCCUCGCUUCCUCCGGUACAACUCCCCGCAUCCAACAUUAGAUUCUCACGCCGAAAUCUUAUCCGCCCCGCUCACGCGAGUCACGACCCUUCCUAAUGGCCUGCGCAUCGCGACGGAGUCGAAUCUCGCCACGACGACGGCUACCGUUGGUGUUUUCAUUGACGCUGGAUCGAGGUUCGAGAGCGACGAGACCAACGGAACAGCGCAUUUUCUGGAGCAUAUGAUAUUUAAGGGGACGGAAAAGAGGACCGCGAGACAACUGGAGGAGGAGAUUGAGAAUAUGGGCGGGCAUUUGAAUGCUUACACUUCAAGGGAGCAGACAACGUACUAUGCGAAGGUGUUCGAUAAGGAUGUGCCCCGUGCUCUAGAUAUUUUGUCCGAUAUUCUUCAGAAUUCGAAGUUUGAGGAGACCAGAAUUACCAGGGAGAGGGAUGUAAUUCUUCGCGAGAUGGAGGAGGUAGAAGGACAAACAGAAGAAGUUAUCUUUGAUCACCUUCAUGCCACAGCUUUCCAGUAUACUCCUCUGGGUAGGACAAUACUUGGACCUGCUGAAAAUGUCAGGAAAAUUGGCAAAAAAGAUAUACAAGACUACAUAGCCACUCACUACACUGCUCCAAGAACGGUUCUUGUUGCUUCUGGUGCUGUUAAGCAUGAAGAAUUUGUAGAGGAAGUGAAGAAACUGUUCACAAAGUUGUCAUCAAAUCCAACAACAUCUUCUGAUCUGGUUGCUAAGGAGCCUGCAAUUUUUACAGGGUCUGAGGUUAGGAUGCGUGAUGAUGACAUUCCACUAGCCCAAUUCGCGGUUGCUUUUGAAGGAGCCUCUUGGACAGAUCCAGAUUCGAUUGCUUUAAUGGUUAUGCAGUCGAUGCUGGGCUCUUGGAAUAAAAGUGCUGGCGGUGGAAAGCAUAUGGGUUCUGAGCUUGCCCAGAGGGUUGGGAUUAAUGAAAUAGCAGAGAGCAUGAUGGCUUUCAAUACCAACUACAAAGACACUGGACUGUUUGGUGUUUAUGCUGUUGCUAAGCCUGAUUGUUUGGACGAUUUGGCAUAUGCCAUUAUGUAUGAGUUGACCAAAUUAUGUUACCGAAUAUCAGAAGCAGAUGUUAUUCGGGCUCGUAACCAGUUGAAAUCUUCUCUUCUGCUUCACAUAGAUGGAAGCAGUCCUGUUGCUGAGGAUAUCGGGCGUCAGAUGCUUACCUAUGGCAGGAGGAUUCCUUAUGCUGAACUAUUUGCCAGAAUAGAUGCUGUAGAUGCCAGCACUGUCAAACGUGUUGCAAACCGAUUUAUAUUUGAUAGGGAUGUUGCCAUCAGUGCCGUAGGGCCUGUCCAGGGCUUGCCCGACUACAACUGGUUCAGGCGCAGGACCUACUGGCUCCGCUACUAGGCUCCUCGCUUCAAACUGGCUCUUCUACGUGGUUCUUUCUUCGACUCACCUGUUUACCUUCAUUUGAUCCAAUGCCACCAGUUUAUUGUUCUGAUUUCGCCAUUUGCUUUGCUGUUUCCUGUAUAAUUUCUGGUUAGUUAAAAUAAUGAGGCAGUAAUCAGGGGAAUGAAUUUAUCUGCAAGACAAAGUUCAGUGAUAUCCUUCGGGACGAAGGCACACAGUAGACUUUCUUUAUCCGAUUAUCUUAUUUUUGGGCCUUCGUUUGCGUUUAGUGAGAUAAGAAAGUUGUAUGUACACCCAGCCCCCAUGAAGAGAUUUUGGCGUUACAUACAUGAUACACCGGUUGUAUAAGAUCCCACAAUUAAGUGGAUGAAUUUUUCUCAUAAGAAAGCUUGUUUUUUCUGUUUUGACUCA